AGGCAGACAUAUUCUAUAAGAAUUUGUUCUGAUUCAGUCGUUUAUCAUUAUUCCUGAAUUCUAAUAAUGUUGUUUAGAUGACAUGUUAAAGAUUAUAAAGAAUCAAUUUGGGAAAUAUCAUGGACUAUAUAUACAUAGUUUUCAUAGAAUUCAUCCUUCCCUCUUCAUCUCUAUAGAAACUUGCAAUCCUACUUCUGUAUUUAUUAUUAUUAUUACAAAUAAGAAGAGAAAGAGGCAUUUUAGUUUUUUUUAUCAUUUUCAAGAAAAUAUCGUAAUUUGAGAAUACAAAGUAUAGGUCGCAGCCGUCGGGUCUUUAAAAACGACUGCAUGAAUUAUUUCAGCUGCUUUCAUUGAUAUUAAAAGAAACAGAAAAGGUAUCAGGAGAAUAGGCGCAUUUCAUUCCACAGUCACUCACCAAUGGCCAGUGGCCACCAAACAAGUUGGAACCAAUUUAAAAAGAAAAAACCAACAGCCAAGAUUGACUAUAAAAGAGCCAGUAUAAUUCCGGAAUUAAAUAUCAGCAGGUCCACAAAACUCGUUAGUCAAUUACCUUCCCUUCCCUUCCCUUCGCACAACUGGAAUCUAAUUUAUACUGUACCAAACCAAACCAACCCGAAGGAGCCAUUACAUGUGCUCCUCUGAAUCUGAGGCUCUGAAAUGUCGGUUGUCUCACAACAUAUAAAACUCAACCCAGUACUGACCCCCAUCAGAUAGUUUUUCCCUUUUCUUCUGUCUUUUCCUUUCCCACCCAUGCUGUUCUUUUAAUAACUAACCAUCUUCUUUUACGAAAAAUAUCACUUUUUUUUCACUCUAUCUGCUUAAAAUGGCAAACAACUGAGGAGAAAGAGAUAUGGGUUUGUUCUUUGAUGGGAUCAUAGAGUCCAUGCCUUUGUUUGCAAAGGAAUUGGUUGCUGGAGGUGUUGCCGGUGGCCUUGCAAAGACCGCUGUUGCUCCACUUGAGCGUGUCAAGAUUUUGUUUCAGACUAGAAAAGCAGAAUUUCGCAGCAUAGGCUUCUUUGGAUCCUUCGAAAAGAUUGCUAAAACAGAAGGCAUCAAGGGUUUCUACAGAGGAAACGGUGCUAGUAUCGCUCGAAUUGUUCCCUAUGCAGCACUUCACUAUAUGGCUUACGAACAAUACCGUAGAUGGAUCAUCAAUCGAUUUCCUGACAUUGGAAGAGGCCCUGCACUUGAUUUUGUUGCUGGAUCAUUUGCUGGAGGAACUGCUGUGCUUUUUACUUAUCCUCUCGAUUUGGUUCGGACUAAAUUAGCUUAUCAGGUUGUUAGUCCACCAGAGAUUAAUGUCGUGGGAGUCGUUAACAGAGAACAAGUUUACAGAGGAAUUCUUGAUUGUUUUUCCAAGACUUACAAAGUGUCAGGGCUCAGAGGUCUCUAUCGGGGUGUCGCUCCAUCGCUUUACGGAAUCUUCCCGUAUGCUGGUUUGAAGUUUUACUUCUAUGAAGAGAUGAAGCGUCAAGUCCCUCAUGAGCAGAGGAAAAACAUAAUGGUGAAUCUAGUAUGUGGAUCUGUAGCUGGUCUGUUGGGCCAAACUUUCACAUAUCCUCUUGAUGUCGUGAGGAGGCAAAUGCAGGUCCAAAGGGUAUUGGCAUCUAAUAGUCCUGAGUUGAAAGGAACAAUGGAAACACUUAUUAUGAUUGCUAAAAGUCAAGGCUGGAAGCAAUUGUUUUCAGGGCUGAGCAUCAACUACCUGAAGGUUGUACCAUCUGUGGCAAUUGGUUUUACAGUUUACGACAUCAUGAAAUCAAGCCUGAGAGUUCCAUCCCAUGAUGAAGCUGUGAUAGAAGUGGUAACAAAUAAAAGAAAUACCCGAACAUCAACUCUUCGGUCAUAAUAAUAAGUAAUAUCUGUCUCAUUGAUUGUUCGAGUGGCCAUGAAGGAGCUUCACUUCACCUUUAAAGCUUUUAUGUUAUAAUAUGGAUAUCAAGUCAGGCCAUCUAAGUUGUACAUUCCAUUCUUUUAAGCUGUAUGUUAGCCUUAGAGCAGCUUACAGAUAAGUUUUCAUGCCAAGAGACUCGAAUUUUAUUCAUAUAUUUGAAAUCGAUUCGGAAUGGAUGCGGGUCAACUUAUCUUUUAGGUUCCCGGUGUUGGGUUUUGGAGCUUUGUAUUAUAGCUUGUUGCAUGUACUUGCAUGAGAACCUGUCCAAGAGGCUCUGGUUUGCUUCAUAGAUGUUUGAUCUAAUAUUUUUCUGAUAUUAUAUACGUUAGUCAAAGUGAAAUUGCUAUUAGUUUAAUCUCAUUUAAUAACAUAUUUGUUAGUUUUA